CAGUUCCAAUUUGUUUAUGCGAAAAAAACCACGCAAGUAGCAAGCGAUUGGAUUGUUGCAGUAGGCUGCUGUGUCUGUGACGUCGACUUUUCCAUGCUUAAUUAACCGGAAAAUGUUGCGCAUACGUCGACGCUUCGCUUUGGUCCUCUGCUCCGUCUGCCUGCUGGUUUUCCUCAGCCUGUACGUGAUCCUAAACUUUUCGGCGCCGGCAGCCAACCAAAAAAGGCCCAACUAUGAGAACAUAGAAAACAAACUGCAACAACUGGAAAAUGGCCUGCAGGAGCACGGCGAGGAGAUGCGAAAUCUGAGGGCUCGACUGGCCAAGACAGCUAAACGGGAGGAUCCAAUUAGGGCUCCACUCAAAGAGGCCCGAACUUUGAGGCCAGGACAAUGCCAGGAUGUGGUCCAGGAUGUGCCCAAUGUGGAGGUUCAGAUGCUGGAGCUAUACGAUCGCAUGUCCUUCAAGGACAUAGAUGGAGGUGUGUGGAAGCAGGGAUGGAACAUCAAGUACGAUCCCCUGAAGUACAAUGCCCAUCACAAACUCAAAGUCUUCGUGGUGCCGCACUCGCACAACGAUCCCGGAUGGAUCCAGACCUUCGAGGACUACUACCAGCACGACACCAAGCACAUCCUGUCCAAUGCCCUCCGGCAUCUGCACGAGAAUCCCGAGAUGAAGUUCAUCUGGGCGGAGACCUCGUACUUUGCCCGAUUCUACCACGAUCUGGGCGAGAACAAAAAGCUGCAGAUGAAGUCCAUUGUGAAGAGUGGACAACUGGAAUUUGUUUCCGGCGGAUGGGUGAUGCCGGACGAGGCCAACUCCCACUGGAGGAACGUGCUUCUGCAGCUGACCGAGGGCCAGACCUGGCUGAAGCAGUACCUAAAUGUCACGCCAACUGCCUCCUGGGCAAUAGAUCCGUUUGGCCACAGCCCCACCAUGCCGUACAUCCUGCAAAAGAGCGGCUUUAAGAACAUGCUCAUCCAGCGGACGCACUAUUCGGUGAAGAAAGAGCUGGCCCAGCAGCGUCAGCUGGAGUUCCACUGGCGCCAGAUCUGGGACAGCAAAGGGGACACGGCUCUCUUCACCCACAUGAUGCCCUUCUACUCGUACGAUAUUCCUCACACUUGUGGUCCGGAUCCCAAAGUGUGCUGCCAGUUUGAUUUCAAGCGCAUGGGAGCCUUCGGAUUAAGUUGUCCCUGGAAGGCGCCACCGCGAGCCAUUGUGGAUGGGAAUGUGGCAUUUAGAUCUGAUUUGCUGGUGGAUCAGUGGAAGAAGAAGGCCGAGCUAUAUCGGACGAACGUCUUGCUGAUUCCCUUGGGCGACGACUUCCGCUUCAAGCAGAACACCGAGUGGGAUGUGCAGCGGGUGAACUAUGAGAGGUUGUUCGAGCACAUCAACAGCCAGGCGCACUUCAAUGUGCAGGCGCAGUUCGGCACACUGCACGAAUACUUUGAUGCAGUUCACCAGGCGGAGAAGUCGGGACAGGCGGAGUUUCCCACGCUCAGCGGUGACUUCUUUACAUAUGCCGAUAGGUCGGAUAACUAUUGGAGUGGCUACUACACGUCCCGACCGUACCACAAGCGCAUGGACCGCGUCCUGAUGCACUACGUCCGGGCAGCAGAGAUGCUCUCCGCAUGGCAUUCGUGGGACGGAAUGGCUCGCAUCGAGGAGCGUCUGGAGCAGGCCCGCAGGGAUCUGUCGCUGUUUCAGCACCAUGACGGCAUCACUGGCACAGCUAAGACGCACGUAGUGCUUGACUACGAGCAACGGAUGCAGGAGGCACUAAGAGCCUGUCAAAUGGUGAUGCAACAGUCUGUCUACCGCCUGCUAACCAAGCCAUCCAUCUACAGUCCGGACUUUAGUUUCUCGUACUUUACGCUGGACGACUCGCGCUGGCCGGGAUCAGGUGUGGAGGACAGUCGAACCACUAUUAUAUUGGGCGAGGAUGUACUGCCCUCCAAGCAUGUGGUGAUGCACAACACCCUGCCCCACUGGCGGGAACAGCUGGUGGACUUCUAUGUGUCCAGUCCGUUCGUCAGUGUCAGCGAUUUGGCGAACAAUCCAGUGGAGGCUCAAGUGUCACCUGUGUGGAGCUGGCACCGCGACACGCUCACCAAGACCAUCCAUCCACAAGGCUCCACCACCAAGUACCGCAUCAUCUUCAAGGCUCGGGUGCCGCCCAUGGGAUUGGCCACCUACGUUUUGACCAUCUCCGAGUCCAAACCAGAACACACUUCGUACGCCUCGAAUCUCUUGCUCCGAGCAAACCCUACUUCCGUGCCAUUGGGUCAGUAUCCAGAGGAUGUUAAGUUUGGUGAGCCUCGGGAGAUCUCAAUGCGAGUGGGCAAUGGCCCCACGUUGGCAUUCUCGGAGCAGGGUCUGCUCAAGUCCAUCCAGCUCACCCAGGACAGUCCGCAUGUGCCGGUGCAUUUGAAGUUCCUCAAGUAUGGCGUUCGUUCGCAUGGCGAUCGAUCCGGAGCCUAUCUGUUCCUGCCCAACGGACCGGCUACACCCUUCCAGCUCGACCAUCCAGUGGUCCUGGUGACCAAGGGCAAAUUGGAGUCGUCGGUGAGCGUGGGCCUGCCGAGUGUGGUUCACCAGACUAUUAUGCGUGGAGGAGCACCGGAGAUUCGAAAUCUGGUAGACAUUGGCAUGCUGGACAACACGGAGAUCGUGAUGCGUUUGGAGUCUCACAUCGACAGUGGCGACAUUUUCUACACGGAUCUCAACGGGCUUCAGUUCAUCAAGCGGCGGCGUCUGGAAAAGCUACCUUUGCAGGCGAACUAUUACCCCGUGCCCUCUGGCAUGUUCAUCGAGGAUGCCAAUAUGCGGCUCACUCUGCUUACGGGCCAACCGCUGGGUGGAUCUUCCCUGGCUUCGGGUGAGCUAGAGAUCAUGCAGGAUCGACGCCUGGCCAGCGACGAUGAGCGUGGCCUGGGACAAGGUGUUUUGGACAACAAGCCGGUGUUGCACAUAUAUCGUCUGGUGCUGGAGAAGAUUAACAGCUGUGCCCGUCCAUCAGAGAUGCAUCCCGCUGGGUACUUGACCAGUGCCGCACACAAGGCCUCCCAGUCACUGCUCGAUCCGCUAGACAAGUUUAUAUUCGCUGAAAAUGAAUGGAUCGGGGCACAGGGGCAGUUUGGUGCCGAUCAUCCUUCGGCACGUGAGGAUCUGGACGUGCCCGUGAUGCGACGCUUGACAAAGAGCUCUGCCAAGACGCAGCGGGUGGGUUACGUCCUGCACCGAACCAAUCUAAUGCAAUGCGGCAUCCCGGAAGAGCACGCGCAGAAGUUGGAUGUGUGCCACCUACUGCCUAAUGUGGCGAGAUGCGAGCGCACGACGCUCACCUUCCUGCAGAAUCUGGAGCUCAUGGAGGCGAUGGUGGCGCCGGAAGUGUGCCCCAUGGAUACCGCCGCCUAUGUGAGCAGCCACACAAGCUGAUCGAAUCGUGCCCUCCAACAAGAUGACGGAGAGACGGACCUAAAGAACAAACUAUGAAUCUCGGACGCUAACUCACUGCAAUACAUGCAAUCUUCGUUUAAUGAUCAACUCAAGCACUGACUGCACUGCAAGACGUAAUGCGUAAUCCAUACUGCGUAUCAUUUAUUUAUUCAAGCUUCUUCCACACGAGGGUUUGGAAAUUCAAUCCUAUGACGCAGCGGUGUGUUUUUUGCACCCCUUUGUAACUACACAUUUUACUUUGUUUCCCCUAGGUUUUUACGUUUUUUGUGAUAUCCCUCCAGUCCCACAGCAAGCAAUACAUGUCUGUCUUCGAUAUCCCGCCCUGGAUAUUGCUUAAAAACAAUGAAUCGUAACUAUAACUAAAGUUUAACUGUAACGUAGGCUUAGUGUUUAAUGACGCAACUGCAAAGGCAAUGAUAUUAAUCUCGACGUAUGAUUUUUACGAAUCGAAUAAAUUGACUCAUUUUAGAAUCGA